CAGUGACUGGGCCGUCCCACUGCUUGACCGUCUAUUUAUACUCUUCCCCCCUUAAUACGGAGAGCUGUCCACAGCUGCGCCUGUGUCUACAUUUGGAGCGACUCACUGCAGUGAGGAUCAGUGGGGAGGGACCGUUGGCCUGAGGAAGGCGCUCCACGCGGAGGGUAAUGAGAAACAUCUCAGUCACUGAUAAGCAGGACUGGUUUCUGACCCCUGACUGGUGACAACAAUGAGUGAAGCAAAGUGAGAAGUCUCUAGGUCUGAUGGAAUCUGAAUUCUGCUCCAACAUAGCAGCCUGCACCUGUUUUUUGCCACAUCUGAAAAGUAGAGGACCAACACCCCGUCUACUCUUCCUUCCUACAUGCUCUGCAACAGUCUGAGACGCACAUAAUUAUCUGAAUCCUUCAGAGGGACAUGGAUGCCAUUGACAACCCAGUUAUGGAGCCCAGAGCGGAGCGGAUUGCCCGCUACAAGGCCGAGAGAAGACGAGAAUUGGCCGAACGCUUUGGCAGCAUUGAUGAGCUUCCCUCUAAGUGGGUGAAGAGGGAUGGAAAAGAAGGGCAAGAACAAAUGUGUCAUCUCCAAGGAGGGAUGAAAAACUCAGAUGGGCUCAGUGAGAGAAUGAACGGCAGAAUGCAAGAGUUCACAAAUGGAGUGGAAGCUGAUGCUCCUGCAGACUCCAGUUACCUGAGAAGGCCGGGUUGCCAGGGCUCAGCCAGCACAUUGAGUGGGGAGGGGCAACUUGUCCCUCCUGGACUCAACGCCCCACAGCUUCACACUCGGGUCUCAGUGGGCCAGCUGAGGAGCGCCCUGCUACAGCAGACGGAGAGUGGAGCACAGCUUGAGAAAUCUGGCGGCGCUGAUGCUGGGCUAGCCACGUCCUCUCUGGACCUAGCUGUGAAGCCAGGCCCCGAGGAGGGCCUGCGGCGCACCCGGCGCUACUUUCCUGGCCGGUCAAGCAGUGGUCGCAAGACCAAUGAACGCUUUAGGACGCAGCCGAUCACAGCCAAUGAAAUGGAGGAAAGCAGCGGGCUCUUAGAUGCAGAGGAAGAGGAGAAUAAGAAAGCGGACGUGAAAACUGAUGACAGAGCAAAAAUGAGCGUGGCAGCCAAGAUGUCUUUGUUUAAAGAGCUGGAGAAGUCAGCUACCCCCGAGGCCUCGGUCCUCCUGAAACCUCGUUCAGCCAGCGUCUGCCAUGAGCGCCGGAUGCGCCGUGGCAACGACCACCGCUUUCUUACCCAGCCAAUUACCUGUGAAGAAAUGGUGGCAAUCAGUGCUUCCACACCAGUGGAAGUCCACUCUGUGCAGACUGAAUCAGUGGAAGAUGGGGAUGAAAGCUGUAAGAUGAGCAUGAGUGAGAAGCUGGCCCUCUUCAACAAGCUGUCCCUGCCUGUGAAGCAGGGGUCCAGUCCUGCUGAUGCACCGACGGAGAGACGGAGGCAGAAGGGGGCGCGAUAUCGGACACAGCCGAUCACUGUGGAGGAGGUCAGUCUGCUUCAGAAAGGUCCCAUUCAGCUCCCUGCCUUCAGUUUGUCUCGUCAUCUGUCCGACAGACAGCAGGCCUCGUCUGUCAACCUGAAACCAAGUGAGGUGCGUCUUUCACAGCCAAGACCUGAUGCAGAGCUCGAUUUAACCCAGCGGGACCCUCCUUGUUACAACCCUGAGCCGGUAUUGAAAGGAAUUCUGAAGAAGAGCCGCUCUGCAGGCCCAGAAUGGAGCCGAACGGAGGGUGAUCGGACGGAUGCGUUGCAUAGCCACGAACAGAAUGGUGGAGAGGCAGAGAUGGACAGGAGGAUGCAGGGAACUGAGAGGCAGGACUUUUCUGCAGCACCACAGAGACGGAGGCGUGAAGCUUCAGGUGUGGAAGGAGGUUUGAUGACUACUGCUCCCUGGAGGCAGAGAGCUCGAAACAGGAGGGAAACCAUUGCCUGUACACCGCUAAAGGCCUUUUCAGAGCAGGAUGCUCCUCAGGAGGAGAGACCCUGCCAGAUCUCGCCACAGGAACAAAAUAUUUCCUUUGUGGGAAACAGUGUAGAUGCAACAGGAAACAUCCAGCAAGAAGAAACACAAGGGAGUGUGAAGACAGUGGAUGAAGAACACACAGGAACACAUGACCAGAUCGUCCCACCAGAUUGCACAUCUAAACUACUGGAAAUAACCAAUGCAAGCAAAAAUGAGGAAGAGUCACAAACCCCUCAUCUCGACAGCGUCAGCCUUCAGUGCUGGGAGCCCGUCUUUGCCUCUGUCUAUUCUAUCAAUACAGCCCAAUAUAUCAUGUGUUUCAAUCAGAACAACUUGUCCUUUGAGGCUCAAGAGGUCUCCUCCCCUACAAAAAGCCUGACACAGCCUCAGUGGAGACAGAAGACUAGAGAGGCUGAACAUGAACAGAAAGUGGAUCAAACUGAAGAGAGGAAAACACAGCUGGAAAGCAAAGAGCAGGAAGCUGAACUAUGUGGCAAGACGGGUCUUGGAUCUCCAGAACCAGACAGCAAUAAUAUCUGUUAUAAGAAGAGAGACUCUUCUGAGGUUCCAACUUACACAUAUGAAUCUUCACAGCCUACCUCAUUCGCAGAGGAUACCCAGGAGGUUAAGGAGGAGACACUUGUUCAUGAGUCCCACGUAUUAGAUGGAGAUUUUUGUCGUGAUCAGUCACCAUCUCCUGCCUGCGUCCCCACACCCUGCGGUGCUGUUACAGCUUCAGAAAGCGAACAGGACCUGGACAUCCUCUGUCAGAACAACACACCCAUACUGACCUCAGCGGUUGCAGAGCACAGGCGAGCGGUGCGUCCAUCCCGCCGGACUCAGGGCUCCAGGAACCCUCUGAGGGCUCUGGCAGCCAGAGAGGAUGUCAGGCAGGAUUACAUGGGUGAAAGAGUCAAUACAGCGGCUGAGGAGAGGGGCGAAGCACAGAAAAAUUCACAUCCUGCCACAUCGGAGGACUCGAUCUCUUCCUCAGAUGCUGAAAACACCAAGUCUUAUUCUCCAUUCAGAAGCCUGAUGCUUGUUCACAUCAAAGGUAGGCAGCAUGUCCAGGUCCGGUUGGUCGAGCCAUCAGCGCAGUCACUGAACAGUGGAGACUGCUUCCUGCUGGUCACCCCGGAGCAUUGCAUCCUCUGGACUGGAGAGCUUGCCAAUGAACAGGAGAGAGCUAAGGCAUCUGAGCUGGGAUCCUUCAUCCAGAGAAAGGGGGAUCUUGGCUGUCAGGCCUCCCAGGUUGUCCAUCUGGAGGAGGGGCUGAACUCUGACAACACUGUGGCUGCAGACUUCUGGACUCUUCUGGGAGGAAGAACACAGUACAGAGGAGCAGGUACACCAGAGGAGGACGAGCUCUAUGAGCAGGGAGUGGUGGAGUCCAACUGUGUGUACAGGCUGGUGGACAACAGACUGGUGCCUCAUGAAGAGGCAUGGGCCUCUACUCCCAGCACCUCCCUGCUUGGCUCAACUGAGGCCCUGGUGUUUGAUUUUGGCAGUGAGGUGUACCUAUGGCAUGGUCAGGAUGUUUCCCUCAGGAGGAGGAAUGUUGCUCUCCAGCUUACUCACCAACUGUGGGCCGGAGCUUAUGACUACAGAAAUUGUCAAAUCAACCCACUGGAUCCCACUCAGUGUAACCCCAGCAUUCAGCUGAGGGGGGAAGGUCGUCCCAGCUGGGCUCUGCUCGCUAUGGUCUCUCAGCACAAUGAGACAACUCUGUUCAGGGAAAAGUUCCAGGACUGGGUGAGCGGAGCUGGAGACGCAGAGGAGGAUGCUUCACUGAGGGAUGAGACUCAGUCGAUGCCUGUUCAGCUGCCCCAGCCUGAAUCUCCACCGUCAGACCUCCUGAGUCCCUGUGACACCAAAGCUUUGGUGUUGGGUGAGUCGAUGGAGGGGCACAGUUCUGUCCACACUGUGCUGGCAGGAGUCAAUGUCCAGAGAGGGCAUGGUGUCGUCAUGCUGGACGGGGGUCAUCAGAUGGAGCUGAGAACCGUUGCUGUGGAUACCUGGCAUGUCCAGGAGUUUGACGACAGUGAAAUCCCAGUGGAGAGCAGCGGACAGCUUCACGAAGGAGAUUCCUACGUUAUUCGCUGGACCUACAACAUCAACACUGUUGAUCACAUCAACAGCUCAGAUGAGUUUGGGAUAACCUCUGGAUCAAAGGAAAACACCGCCUUCUUCUUGUGGCGAGGCCGGCGGUCCAGCGUCAGUGGACGGGACACAGCAGUUUUCCUGUCCAUCGGCAUGAACAACCAAGAGGAAUCACAGGUUGUUGUACCUCAGGGAAAGGAACCCCCAUGUUUCCUUCAGCUUUUCCAGGGAGGCUUGGUCAUUCACAAAGGAAAGCGAGAGGAUGCUUCCACCAAUGCAGCAGAGUGGCGUCUGUUCUGUGUGCGAGGGGCGCUCCCAGAGGAAGGUUUGCUGCUAGAGGUAGAUUGCUGCUGUGCAGGUCUGAGGUCGCGGGGCUCUGUUGUUCUGCUAAACAGCCAGCAGGGGGUGCUGUAUCUCUGGACUGGUUGUAAAGCUCACAGCACCACCAGAGAAGUCGGCAAGAGGGCAGUGGAGCGUCUCUCUGAAGUGUGUUCACCAGAACUGGGUCUCAGCAAAAGCAGCCCUGUGAAGGUACAUUUAGUGGAGGAAGGUUCAGAGCCUGCAGAUUUCUGGACAGCUUUGGGGCAGAUGGACAGGAAGGCUUAUGACUGCAUGCUACAAGACCCAGGAAAGUAUAACUUUACACCUCGCCUCUUCCACCUGAGUGCCACAUCCGGCACAUUUCAGGCCGAGGAGCUCCAAAGUCCGACUCGACUGCCGGGGCUCGUGAUGGCAAUGCCCUUCAUCCAGGAGAGCCUGUACUCUGUAUCACAACCAGCCUUAUUUCUGCUUGACAACCGACUGGAGGUCUACCUGUGGCAGAGAGGUCAGCCUGAGCAGACAGAGAGCUCAGCUUCGGCCUGGAGCCGCUGGCAUAAUGAGAGAAAGUGCGCCAUGCAGACAGCGUUGCAGUACUGCAAAGAAAUAAACCCAAGAAGGCCACCACAGGCCUACCUCAUCUUUGAGGGGUUGGAACCUCUCACCUUCACUAAUAUCUUCCCCCGCUGGGAGAGGAGCCUCGGCCCUCACACACAGGGUGAUCAAGGGCAAAUGAAGCUGACCUUGGUGCAGGACGCCCUGGCCCAGCUCAUGAAAACCCAGUACCCUCUGGAAGAACUGCUGCGGAGCCCUUUACCUGAAGGAGUGGAUCCCCAACAACUGGAGAUCUACCUGUCUGACCAGGACUUUCAGACUGUUUUGGAAAUGAGGAGAGAUGAGUACGCCUCCCUCCCAAGCUGGAAGCAAAUUGAUCUGAAGAAAAGCAAAGGGCUAUUUUGUUAGACAUCCAGAUCAAGUGGAGGCUGACUGAUUCUCCAGUACCUGGGGCUUCUUCCUUUGCUGAGAAAGGAAGAUAAUGCUGGAAAAUUUGUGCCAUGUUAUUGCACAAAGGACUGCACACAUCUAAUAAAAAGAAAAAAAAAGGAAGAAAAACUCAUUUAUGUCAAAAUUAGUAUGAGUGUGUGAACUUUUUAUUGGACAUGGAAUUCUCUUUGGAACAUGGUUUAAUGCAAAUACACAAA